CCCUCCCAUACAUAAAGGCACAAGCUCAGCUCAAAGUCAUCGCAUCAGCUAGUUAGCUAGCUAAGACAAACAAAUAACUCUGAGAGCUAGAGCGUAUGAAGACAAGAUCAUGCCACAAUCACAGCAAGUAGAGAUUCACCACAGCAAGGGUGCGAGGUUUCAAUCUGGGAACAGAGUGUAUAAAGUGGUUGUCCUUGGUCAAGGUGGUGUAGGAAAAUCAGCUCUCACUCUUCAAUUUGUGACCCAUACCUUCCAAGAAGAUCACGACCCUACCAUAGAGGACGCAUACCAGAAGCAAGCGGUGAUUGAUACCAAUGCCUGCAUUCUGGAUGUAUUGGACACAGCUGGACAGGAUGAAUUCACGGCCAUGAGGGAACAGUACAUGCGAGGGGGGGAGGGCUUUCUUCUUAUCUACUCGGUCACGGACAAACGAAGCUUUGCAGAGGUUCGAAAAUUCAAAGAGAUGAUCGACCGAGUCAGAAAUUAUGAGAGUGUCCCUAUCGUGAUCGUGGGUAACAAGUCGGAUCUGGAGGCCAAUAGACAAAUCAGUAGAGCCGAAGGAGAAGCAAUGUCUAAGGAAUUUGGUUGUCCUUUUUUCGAGAGUUCAGCUGCCCUCAGAUACAACGUAGAUGAAGUCUACCAUGACAUUGUUCGCUGUAUUCGUAAGAAAGAGAACGCUGACUACAUAGCAGAGAAUCCGACGUCCAAGCGAAGUUCUUCGAGCAAGUCUAGUGGACGAUCGUCGCUGCUGUGUUGCUUCUCAGGAGAACCUUGAUUCACAACUUUGUACAAUUAUAGUUUUUGUGUUGUCUGUGUGUCUGUCUUUUGUUCUCUUAUAGCUAUGAUGUCACCAUUAUGAUUUUAGUACUUAAAGCACUUUUACAUUGCACCUGCACUUAUAUACAUGACUGUUUAUCUGAAUUUGA